AUAAGAGCUGUUUUUUACACGAGAUACUAUUUCUGCAUCAUAUAUCUGAGGAAGACGAGAUCUGAUAAAAAUUGUAAGUUGUUAAUAGUAAUAUAGAUCGCAAUGUCGAGCUUGAGGUUGGCAGGAAUUACGAUGCUGCUUAUAGUCAUUAACACUUUAUGCUAUGGAGCGAUAACACGUAAUGAUCGGCCUAAUAAGUCAGCAACCGUCCUCGGACAUGGUUCAAUAAAGGUGCACGAUGGACCUAAUGGAAAAGAUACCGUACUUGACGGGCCUAACGGAUCAAUAAAAGUGCUCGAUAAAGGAAAACUAACCGGACUUGGUGGACAUAAAGUGCGUCGUGACAUUCGUGAGGCCAAUGCAUCAGUAAUAGAACAUCUUGGGCCUAAUGCAUCAACAGUAAAGCCUCAUAGCUCUAAUACACCUAAAAAAGUACGACGCGAGGCUAAUGCAACAGAAACAUUGCAUCGUGUGCCUCUUAUGAGAGGAAGAUUUCGACGUGAGGCAACAGAAAAAGAACUUAAUGCAGUGAAAGCAUCAGAUGUCACUACUCUGAAGCCAGCAACGAACAAUGCAACAGAUCCAGAAACUGCGACUACACCAGCACGUCUAGGGAACAUGAUAACUGUCCCCGACAACUGUCCUGAUGGGAAGAAAUACGUGGACGGAGCAUGCCGGGAGAUGUGGGAAUCAUCUAGAUAGCAUACUUUAUUAGCAAUGAAUCUCAACUUCAUUAUACGAUUAUGUUUAAUUUACGGUAUUUGCAGGCUAUGAAGAUAUGUGAAUUCUGUAACAAUAGACUAUUUGCUUAAUCAUUAGUUAAUUGUUAGUGUUAAUAAAUAAACUUGGUUGAGUCUUUCA